CUCUCGGCGACAUGGACCGGAUGGCCAGCUCCAUGAAGCAGGUGCCCAACCCGUUGCCCAAGGUGCUAAGCCGGCGCGGGGUCGGCGCGGGGCUGGAGGCGGCGGAGCGCGAGAGCUUCGAGCGGACUCAGACCGUCAGCAUCAAUAAGGCCAUUAACGCACAGGAAGUGGCGGUAAAGGAAAAACACGCCAGAACAUGCAUCCUGGGGACCCACCACGAGAAGGGGGCACAGGCCUUCUGGUCUGUCGUGAACCGCCUGCCACUGUCCAGCAACGCCGUGCUGUGCUGGAAGUUCUGCCAUGUAUUCCACAAACUCCUACGGGACGGGCACCCACACGUCCUCAAGGACUCCCUGAGAUACAAGAAUGAGCUGAGUGACAUGAGCAGGAUGUGGGGCCACCUGAGUGAGGGCUACGGACAGCUGUGCAGCGUCUACCUCAAACUGCUGAGAACCAAGAUGGAGUUUCACACCAAAAAUCCCAGGUUCCCAGGCAACCUUCAGAUGAGUGAUCGGCAGCUGGACGAGGCUGGAGAAAGUGACGUGAACAACUUUUUCCAGUUAACAGUGGAGAUGUUUGACUACCUGGAGUGUGAACUCAACCUCUUUCAAACCGUGUUCAACUCCUUGGACAUGUCGCGCUCCGUGUCCGUGACAACAGCCGGGCAGUGCCGCCUUGCGCCACUCAUCCAGGUCAUCCUGGACUGCAGCCACCUCUACGACUACACGGUCAAGCUGCUCUUCAAGCUCCACUCCUGUCUCCCAGCUGACACCCUUCAGGGCCACCGGGACCGCUUCAUGGAGCAGUUCACAAAGUUGAAAGACCUCUUCUACCGCUCCAGCAAUCUGCAGUACUUCAAGAGGCUCAUUCAGAUCCCGCAGCUGCCCGAGAACCCACCCAAUUUCCUACGCGCCUCGGCCCUGUCGGAACACAUCAGUCCCGUGGUGGUCAUCCCUGCCGAGGCCUCAUCCCCCGACAGCGAGCCUGUGUUGGAGAAGGACGACCUCAUGGACAUGGAUGCCUCCCAACAGAAUUUAUUUGACAACAAGUUCGAUGACAUCUUCGGCAGCUCGUUCAGCAGUGGGCCCUUCAAUUUCAACAGUCAGAACGGCGUGAGCAAGGAUGACAGGGACCACUUGAUCGAGCGGCUCUACCGAGAGAUCAGCGGGCUCAAGGCCCAGCUGGAAAACACAAAGGCAGAGAGCCAGCGGGCCCUGCUGCAGCUGAAGGGCCGUGUCAGCGAGCUAGAGGCCGAGCUGGCCGAGCAGCGGCACCUGCGGCGGCAGGCAGCCGACGACAGCGAGUUCCUCCGGGCCGAGCUGGACGAGCUCAAGAAGCAGCGUGAGGACACGGAGAAAGCCCAGCGCAGCCUGACAGAGAUUGAAAGGAAGGCCCAGGCCAAUGAGCAGCGAUACAGCAAGCUCAAGGAGAAGUACAGCGAGCUGGUUCAGAAUCAUGCUGACCUGCUGCGUAAGAAUGCAGAGGUGACCAAACAGGUGUCUGUGGCCAGACAAGCACAGGUGGAUCUGGAACGAGAGAAGAAGGAACUGGAGGAUUCCUUUGAGCGCGUCAGUGACCAGACCCAGCAGAAGACGCAAGAGCAACAGGAACUUCUGGAGAACUUGAAGCAGGAACUCACCACCAGCAAGCAAGAGCUGCAAGUCCUCCAAGGCAGCCUAGAGGCUGCAGCCCAGUCAGAAGCCAAAUGGGUAGGGCAGAUUGCAGACCUGCAGGAGGAGCGGGACAGCUUGGCAAGCGCCGCCAUGCAGCGGGAGGAGGAAUUCUCUGCACUAAGGGAACAGCUGGAAAAAACCCAGCUCCAACUGGCCAGUGCAAAGGAAGCCGUGUGCCAUUUUGCCAAGGACCAACGGAGGAUGCUUCUGGAAGGGUCGCGGAAGGCUGCCGAGCAGGUGAUCCAGGAGGCCUUGAGCCAACUCGAGGAACCCACGCUCGUCAGCUGCGCCGGGUCUGCAGAGCACCUUCUGUCCACGGUCAAGUCUGCUUGCAGCUGCUCUGAAGAGCUGGAAAAAAGCCGGAGCCAGUAUCUGGCCUGCCCAGAAGAUAUCAGUGGGUUCCUGCACUCCAUCACCCUGCUGGCACACUUGACCAGCGACACCAUCACCCACGGUAGCACCACUUGCCUCCGCGCCCCGCCAGAACCUGCUGACUCGCUGACCGAGGCCUGCAAACAGUAUGGCAAGGAGACCCUCCUGUACCUGGGCGCCCUAGAGGCGGAGGGAACACUUGACAGCGCUGAUCCCACAGCCAUGAGGAACUGCCUGAACAAGAUCAAGGCCAUUGGCGAGGAGCUCCUCCCCAGGGGCCUGGACAUCAAGCAGGAGGAACUCGGGGACCUGGUGGACAAGGAGAUGGCCACCACUUCCGCUGCCAUUGAGGCAGCCACGGCUAGAAUAGAGGAAAUGCUCAGCAAAUCCCGCGCGGGAGACACGGGGGUCAAGUUGGAGGUGAACGAGAGGAUCCUCGGCUCCUGUACCAGCCUCAUGCAAGCCAUCCAGGUCCUGAUUGUGGCCUCAAAGGACCUCCAGAGAGAGAUCGUGGAGAGUGGCCGGGGUACCGCCUCCCCAAAGGAAUUCUACGCCAAGAACUCCCGCUGGACGGAAGGUCUCAUCUCCGCCUCCAAGGCUGUAGGCUGGGGAGCCACCGUCAUGGUGGAUGCAGCCGAUCUCGUGGUACAAGGCAAAGGAAAAUUUGAGGAGCUCAUGGUGUGUUCACGUGAAAUUGCUGCUAGCACAGCCCAGCUGGUCGCUGCAUCCAAGGUAAAAGCCGACAAGGACAGCCCCAACCUUGCCAAGCUGCAGCAGGCAUCUCGGGGAGUGAACCAGGCUACCGCUGGGGUCGUGGCCUCCACCAUCGCUGGCAAAUCCCAAAUCGAGGAAAUAGACAGCAUGGACUUCUCCUGCAUGACGCUGACGCAAAUCAAACGCCAGGAGAUGGACUCACAGGUCAGGGUGCUGGAGCUAGAAAAUGACUUGCAGAAGGAACGCCAGAGGCUGGGAGAGCUGCGGAAAAAGCACUAUGAACUUGCAGGGGUCACUGAAGGCUGGGAAGAAGAAUCGGAAGCAACUCCACCUUCCCUACAAGAAGCCGGGAGCGAGAAAGCCUAGACCUGCACAGUGCCCCAUCCGUCAGAGCGUAAAUCCUGUGACCCAUCUCUGUGUGGGUGUGGGUGUCAUUGUCCCUUGUCCCCAGUCCACGUCUGCUCCCUGUCCCUCAAAAGGCUCCCUGCACCCUCUUCUUUCUCUCCCUGCUCCCCCACUGUCCAAGGCAGCCAGGGAACAAGAGGUGGUCACGUGGGCCCCCACUGUGGUCGGAGUUCAAACCCCACAGUGGCUGGUGUCCUCCUGGACCUCGAUGAUGUGGCAGCAGCAGUGGUGUGGCAUGGCAUGGCAUGGCCAGGAAGAGCUCAUGCCUUUUCUGGUUUUUUUUUUUUUUUUCUUUUGUUUUUUGGUUUUUUUCUUCUUAGUCCUUUCCGUUUCAUCAUUUGCACAAACUUGCGAGCUCCUGAGGGCUGGUGGAUCCCAACCCAGGACACACUGGGCGCCAAGUCUACCUAAUCAGUCGGGAACAGCAGGGAGUGUCCUGGCUGAGAACACCCAUGCCCGCAGUCAUGGCCAUGGCCAUCCUCACCCCCAUGGCUCCCAAGGCCUCGCCCGGGUCAAACACAUUGCUCACUCACCCACGUGUCCCCCUAACCACACUACCCACCCCCACACACACACUCACACCUGACCCCAGGAGCUCUGAUUCACCCAGGAUGUAUCCCCACAGCCUCCCUCCCAAGGCCACAGCAGUCAACAGCCACGGUGCUGCGCCCGGGCGUCCCCUUCGGUGCUCCCCUGCGGCCUCCCACGCUGGGUGUCCUGCCCAGCAUGCACCGGCCAGCCGAGGCCCCUCGCUGAGGGUCGGCGGCAGCUUCCUGCAAAAGGCCGAAACCGAGCGAGCGAGUGCCUUGAGUCCCCAUAGCCUCCGCACCACCCUGUCCACUUUCUGAGUGACGGGGGUAGACGGAGCCACACACCCGACCCAGGCCUUCUUCAGGGGCUGUGCCCAAGCUGGACAAGAGACUGCCACUUCCCUGGCCCCUGCGCAUGUGUGAGAACGCCCUCCAAGGAAGACAGUUCCAUGGACAAACCUGGACAGCUCCAGGCUUCCAGAGGGGCCCCUGUGCUGGACAGCGAGCGGGGCAGGGCUGGCCCACUGAUGACUACACCUCCUUGCAACGUCAAAGACACUGGGAGCCCUCGGGAGCUCAGAUGUGGCCAUGGAAGGUUGGCAUUAAGUCCCAUGACAUCAGCUUCAAGACUCCAGCAUGAGGCCCUGGACGCCACUCCCAGACUUGCUGCUGCCUCCCUGCCCCUCAACGUUAGAAACGAGAAAGGGGGAACCCCAGCUCUGAAACCUUCCAGCUACGUGUCCCCAGCACGCCGCUAUCCUGCAGACCCGAUAGAGGACAGAGAGCACAGGGGCAGCCUCCUUCACACAGGCAGCCUUGCCAGCACUUUGCCACUCUCCCGAGACAGACCCCAACAUUUAAGUGCCCUUCUGAGCUCAGAAACAAACCAACAGCGUCUUCCUUCUCCAUCUGUAGUAGCAGCUCCUGGCCGCAGCCAGCUUCUCCUGGAACAGUGGUCCGUCUCGCCACAGAACUCAUUAGGAGACU